UCAUGAAAUGACAUGUUUUAUCUACAUGAUUUGUUUUAACUGUAAUUUAUGAUUGUUUUUGUUUAAGCGACUGGUCAAGAAACUACGUAACAUGGUAUCUUAGCAACAUUAAUUGAAGAAUUGCGCACUUGCAUUAUACACAGCAGUUUGCUAAUCGUCCGAGUUUGUUCGUAGCAGUUAUUUGCACCAGUAUGACUUCCAGACUUCAUUAUAACUCCUAAAGUUUCACCCUAUACUUGAAGGGUAACCAACACAGUUGUUGAAUAGUUUAUUAUUCACUACGUUUGUACACCACAAGAGAUUAAAGAAGGCAUCAAGAAUCAAGUUACACGCCCGAGUUAUUUUCUUUAUUGCAACAACGUGUCAAGUACAGGAAGUCUAUAUUGAGUCCAUCACAAUCUUCAACAACUCGUGUAAGUUUCUGGAACUUUCUUCAAAUCAAUCGCAUUGGCUGUCAUCGGCAUCAUGACUGACACCAAUAAGCUGAAGCUCUCAAGGAGAAACACAAAGGGUAAAUUGACUCGAACCCUUUUGAUGAUCCACAGUCUUCUUGACAAUGAUACCGAUGAUUUGGAAACAUUAAAGGGAUAUGUUACCAGAGCUGAAGAACAGUUUCAUCGUGUGGAGGAGAGGCAUGCUGAGUUAAUCGACUCCAUUGAGGCUGAAUCGCAAUUCGACGAGGAGGAGAAGUGGAUGACCGAAUGUGAAAAGGAAUUUGUUCAAGUUCUCAUCCAAGCAAGGCGUUUGAUUAAUCGUCCCUCCCUGCACUCCUCAAGCAACACGGAUUCAACAUCAACUCCUUCAACACACACUGCAUCGCCAGGUCCUUCAGAGCCUGUGAGCCCAGGAACCUCGGUGCCAAUGUCUAGUCAAGCGCCACCCACACCAUCUCGUGCUCUAAGGCAGUCAACAUCAGCACCUUCCCCAAAGAUGGCACCGAUGAAAUUUCCCACCUUUAGUGGGGAUUUGAAGGACUACAAUCGGUUCAAGCAGCUAUUUCUCCACUGUGCAGGAGGUUUGACUGAGAUUGAAUGUUUCUAUCAGCUCACCGAGGCAAUGGUCAACAGCAGAGAACGCAGCAUGAUUAAAGGAUGCAUUAGCGUUGAGCGUGCAUGGGAAGUGUUAGAUGAAUACUAUGGAGAUCAAGACAAGGUGGUAGACAGUCUACUGAAGGAGCUCGACGACUUGAAGCCUUACGAAUACAAGGGAAAGGUCAAUCUGCCUGCCAUGAGACGGUUCGUCCAGACCCUACAAACGUUUGAGACACAGGCAGAGACUGUGGGUCUUGCAGGGGAACUGAACAGCAGAAUAAUGUUAAGCAAUAUCAGGCACAAACUACCGGAAGAGCACCGCAUAGCUUUCUUCAAAAGUGUGAGAGACGAGCGCACACCGGAUACUCUGACUGGCCUUGUAAGGUGGCUAUACAGCCAAUUACUAUUGCUCGAUAAGGCCAAGCCUGCUCAUACAGAAGCACCAACACCGUACAAGAAUGACAAAACCAGUAGAUCGUCUAACUCUGUCACCUAUAAUCCAUCUCCGAGACAGCAUGGUAAGGGCUCUCGUCCCGAGGUACCCAAGUGUGUAUUGCACCAGGAAUCAAAUACACACUAUCUGAAAACUUGUAACAAGUUCCGGGGACUAGAUUUGAAGGAGAAACAUGAUCUAAUGAGAAAACACAGUAUCUGCAACCGCUGUGGACAUAACAACUGUGGAGCUGGGAAACCCCCGUAUGAUCUUAGUUCUUGCCAGUUUGUUUCUCCCUGUAGUAUCCGGACAUGUGGAAGUGAUGCUCAUUUCUCGGCCGUCUGUCCAGUGGUGUAUGGGAGUAAUGUAAGUUCUCCGAGCCAGCCGAGGGAUCCUCCAGGACAGUUCAACGCCAAUGCAAGAUCGUCUCGUCAAGGCCCAAAUCCGGUCAAUGUAACUACUGCCACAGGAACUCAACUAGGUGGUAUUCUCCCAACAGUUAUGGGCUAUCUUCGAAUUGGCAACACCCGUCAUUUGGUCCGCAUACUGCUUGAUGGCGGCAGCCAAGCAACCCUUGUCAGAGAGGGGAUCCUUCCGAGGAUGGAGCAUGAUAGAUAUCAAGAUCAUGAGCUAACACUGGUUGGUGGACACACGAUGUCACGUAGGUUGAGACUCAUUGAUUGUCACAUAGAGGACCUGGAAGGAAAACGGACUUACCCACUGACAAUGAUAGAGAUCGACAAGCCUUGUGGGAAUGCUCCAAUCAUUCAAGCCGACGAUCUGUGCCAGUAUGACCACUUGAGUGAUAUCGAGGUUAGCACUGCCCCUUCAAUAACCAUUGAUGUACUACUGGGGGUGGAUAACACCCAUCUCAUGAUCUGGGAAGAGUUCAUACGUGGUCAGAGAUCUGAUGACCCAGUUGCAGUUCGUUGCCCCUUGGGAUGGUUCAUCCAAGGAGGACAUUCAUCCAGUACCAGUCGACUUUCAAACUAUGUGAACGUCUCUGCUAUCGGUCCCAUAGAAGAAUUCAUCGGGCUAGAGACUAUGGGAUUGGAACCCAAGCGGUGCAGAUGUUCAUCAGACCUCCUAGACAGGAAUGCUACAGAAAUCAUGCAGCAAAGCAUGUCUCAACUUCCAGAUGGAGCCUAUGAAGUAGCACUUCCAUGGAGGAAAUCCCCUGAGAAUAUCCCAGACAACUAUGAGUAUGCCGUCAAGAGACAAAAACAUCUUGAGAAGCAAUUUGCUAACAAGCCUGAAAAGUGGGAGGUGUACUGCAAACAAAUGAGAGACCAGCUUAAGAGAGGCGUUUCUAGACAGGUGACCGAGGAAGAGUUGAGACAAGAUCGAGCUGCAGGAAAGAAAAUGUGGUUUCUUCCGCAUUUUGCUGUCACAAAGGACUCGUCUACUACCCCUGUCAGAGUGGUAUAUGAUGGGAAAGCACGAUUUCAAGGACAUGCACUUAAUGAUUACCUGAUGAAAGGGGAGAAUGCAAAUUCUGACCUUUUUGAAGUGGCCCUACGUUUCAGAGAACAGGAGGUAGGAGUCAUAGCAGACAUAAGCAAGAUGUACCAGGCUAUCAAAAUCAAGCCAGAUGACGCCAGGUUCCAUCGUUUCAUCUUUAGAGAGAAUCCUAGCCAUCCAAUGCAGGUGUUUGAGCUCACUACAGUAACUUUCGGGGACAAACCAUCUCCAACGGCUGCCAUCAUCACACUCCGACAUGUUGUCCACGAACAUGCACCGCAUGAUGAGGGACUGAAAGAAGUAGUCUCCAAGCAGUUCUACAUGGAUGAUUUGAAUGAGUCCGUACCUGACUUGAAGCAAGCGCUCGAACUCAAAUCGAAACUCACAGAGAUCUUGGGGAAGGGCAAGUUCAACUUACGCAAAUGGCAGUCCAAUGAGCAGGAGGUUUGCGAUGAAAGUGAAGAUACCAAGUCAGCUACAAUACUUGGCACCAGGUGGAAUCUGGAGAAAGACACUUUGAGCGUCAAAGAGGUGAGGCCUGACAAGGGUAUACCAACAAAGCGUAGCAUCCUGAAGCAGACAGCAUCCUACUAUGAUGUGUUUGGAAUACUGUCUGGGAUACUAGUUCGGCCAAAGAUCUUCCUUCAAAAGCUAUGGCAAUUGAACCUAGAUUGGGAUACACCCAUCAACCCCCAAGGAGAACUCUGUGCAGUUCUAGAUGCCAUAAACAAAGAUCUGGAAGAAGCAACAGAUGUUGAAAUACCAAGAUGCCUGAUCCCAGAGAAGUUCAAAGGAGUGAGACCGUUACCCGAGGUGUCAUUACACGGUGCAAGCGACGCAUCCGAAGACGCAAUGGGCAUGGGAGUGUGGCUCAGGUGGUCACACCCAGAAAGCACUGAAGCAGAGCUGUCCUUUGUAUGUGCUAGAGCAAGGCUCACACCUCUGAAGCAAUCGAGCAUGCCAAGGAAAGAACUACAGGCCAUCCUUCUGUUGUCGAGACUGAUGUGUACCAUCAAAGAUGCACUUCGCUUCAACAUAGCAUACUGCAAAAUAUGGACUGACAGCAUGACUGCCAUCAGCUGGUUAAGGGGUCAAUCUAAAUCUUUCCGUGCCUUUGUUGCCUACAGGGUGGGUGAGAUAACAACCAGAUUUGAUCCUAUCAUGGACAUCGCCUAUGUGCCAUCGGCCCAGAACGCCAGCGACUUGGUGUCUAGAGGAGGAACUGCAGCCGAGAUGAAGCGGGUGAUAGAUGGGCCUGAUUACCUAAAACUACACCCAUCGCUAUGGCCAAAGACACCAGAAAAUGUCCCGACAGACCCAAAGGACACCGAGAGGAAAAAGUUUCACACCCGGAAUGCAAAGUCAUUUGCGUUGAGUGUCAGUGCAGUGUGCAAGGCAUCACCAAUCAUUGAAGCUUCGAAAUUCUCCAGCUGGCCCAAGCUCAAGAUGGUGACUGCCAGAGUAUUGUCUGUGAGGGAUCUGCCAAAGGACAAGAGGUUGAAACAACUCACAAAUCAGAUUUCACAGUGGCCGUCCCGUAAGCUUGUACGAGAGGCUGAGUUAUAUUGGAUCCGUCACGCACAGAGAGGAAUCAAUUUCCAGGAUCCAAACAUCAUGAAGCUGGACCCAUUCUUUGACGACGAGACCCAAGUGUUCCGUGUUGGUGGACGAAUGGACCGCGCACCAGUAUCCUAUGAUGUACGGCAUCCUUACCUUCUCCCAAAGAAGAGCCACAUCAGCUGGUUGAUCGUCCAAGACUCCCAUGCUCACUCUCUUCAUGGGGGCCAUCUACGCACAGCCACUGAGGUCAGAAAAAAGUACUGGAUCGUGGGCGACACUGGCAUCUCAAGACGUGUUGUCCGUGCAUGUGUCAUCUGCAGAAGACACAGAGGUAAACCUGUUCAGCAGAAGAUGUCGGACCUUCCAGAUUUCCGAGUCGGUCGUUGUUCACCUCCGUUCCAGACUACCCUAGUUGAUUACCUGGGACCAGUGAAUGUCAAGUUGAGUCGAAACACUACUACGAAAGGAUAUGGUGCAGUCUUCACGUGUGCAGUGACGAGAGCUGUUCAUCUGACUUGUGUGCCCGACCUAUCCACUGAUGCCUUUCUACAAGCCCUUGAACGCUUUGUGAGUAUCAGAGGGGCUCCAUCCAUGUUGAUAAGCGACAAUGCAACCUGUUUCAGGGGAGCUGAUAAUACCAUAAACAAAUUGAACCUGAAGUUAGACCAUGAUCGAGUGAGGGAGCGCUGCCUGAGAUACUGUGCAGAGUGGCGAUUCGGACCUCCUGGAGGACCUCACCACCAAGGAGCGGUGGAACGAAUAGUUCAAGAGGUGAAGAAGGGAAUGCGACAUCUCGUCAAAGCUGACAGACUGACAUUUGCUGAGUGGGAAACAGUCUUUUCGCAGAUUUCCGGGCUCAUCAACAGUCGUCCCAUCACAGCUAAAUCCUCAUCACCGCUGGAUCAUCCACCAUUAACCCCAAACCACUUUCUCAUUGGAAGAGGAGACCUCUCCUGCCCUCAGAUUCCUUACGAUGACUUCAAAGGUGAUUUGAGAAAGCGAAGAGAAGUCUGCAACGCCAUGGUAGAUGGUUUCUGGAAACGCUGGAUGGAAUGCAUUCGGACACUCUCCCCGCGCCAAAAGUGGCAUCAAUCAACUGAGAACCUAGAAGAGAGCGACGUUGUACUCAUCAUUGGUGACAAUAAGGCUCGCGGCUCUUGGAAGAUGGCGGUAGUCGUGAAAGCGUACCCAGGGAAAGACGAUCUUGUGAGGAUUGUAGAUGUCAAAAAUGCGGAUGGUGUAAUCGCGAGAAAACCAGUGACAAAGCUCAUCCUCCUUAUGAAGAAGUCGGAGCGAGAUGAUUUAGAGUGACUCAAACUGAUAGAAAAGUUUUUCGAACAUUGACUUAUUAGUGACUUUAGGUUAAUGUCUUUUUUUUGAACCUUUUUCUUUUUUAGCCUUGACAGUUGAUUGUUCCCAGAAGAUGAAAGCACAUCGGAUUCCUUAUAUUACGAACUAAAGACUGUAAUUGAAGGACUGUUAAACGGAACACAAUUGAGUGUUUAUAUUCUCCGUUGAAUUGUGACAUCCCGUCACUUUUAAGGGGGUUGGAAUGUCAUGAAAUGACAUGUUUUAUCUACAUGAUUUGUUUUAACUGUAAUUUAUGAUUGUUUUUGUUUAAGCGACUGGUCAAGAAACUACGUAACAUGGUAUCUUAGCAACAUUAAUUGAAGAAUUGCGCACUUGCAUUAUACACAGCAGUUUGCUAAUCGUCCGAGUUUGUUCGUAGCAGUUAUUUGCACCAGUAUGACUUCCAGACUUCAUUAUAACUCCUAAAGUUUCACCCUAUACUUGAAGGGUAACCAACACAGUUGUUGAAUAGUUUAUUAUUCACUACGUUUGUACACCACAAGAGAUUAAAGAAGGCAUCAAGAAUCAAGUUA